AUGAAUGGGCCUUUAUCCUUAAAUACAAUAAACACCCCUUUUCAAUCACCAGAUGAUAUUCCUGAAGAUAAAUGUUUUUCUGAUACCUUUCUUGAAUCCCAAGAUCUAGAAAAUGGGUCAAUUCAAAAUCUCAUUUCUCAAAGGGAAUACGGACUUAUCUACUCUUGGAAUUCCUCUUGCUCCAAUAAGCUCAUCCCCAAUACUGUAUUAAAUAUUUAGUUUUUUUCAGAAAAAGCUGAUUUUGAUAGCUGAGCUUAUAAUGGGCAAUUUUCACCGACCGGAAAUAUUUAUUGCUGCACUUCUAAGCGGCAAAUUAAGAUUUUUAACACAGUGGAUCCUUUUAACUGGACUCUUCAAAGGUUUCUAACGACUGAUGACCCUUUUUGAGCAUAUACAGAUAUGGAUAUAAGUCCUUGUGAAAAAUUUAUCAUUCUUUGUUCAGUUGAUCCCAAACUUAGAUUGGCCACAGUCGAAAAUAACGCUACAAGCGAUAAUAUGCAUUUUGAUAGUAUUUCUUCUUAUGAUGAGGUCAAUGCAGAUACAGGAAUUUUUAGUGUUAAAUUCUCUGGAGACGGAAGCAGUGUUAUUUUCAGCACAAAUAGGAAGUCUAUAGUACUUUAUGAUUUAAUAAAAAGGCAAAAUAUUAUUAACCUGCAAAAAGCUCAUGAUGAUGACGUGAAUUCAAUUUGUUUUUUGGACCCUGAGAAGGAAAAUAUAGUAGUUUCAGGCUCUGAUGAAUCCUGCAUAAAAAUAUGAGAUAUGCGAUGUUUAAAUUCUGAUGGAUCCGCGCAUGGGGUGCUAAUUGGCCAUAGAGAAGGGAUAACUCAUGUAGCUCCACACUCAAAUGGGAUUUCUUUAAUUUCAAACAGCAAAGACCAAACACUUAAAUUGUGAGAUAUAAGAACUAUAACAAGCCAAAAAGCCUAUAUAGAUUUUAAAAGAAGUCACCGAUAUCAGACAUAUUUUGACUAUAGAUGGGAAGACUAUCCUUUGAGAAACUAUAGAAAACGACUCUCAGCUGAUUCUUCUUUUGAUGAUUAAAAUAUAGCGACGUUCGAAUUUUCUGUCUCCUUGACCGAAGAUUCAUCUCUUGUAUAUUUUAAUUAUAAGGUUUAGCUUCCCCUGGUGAAAUUAUCAUAACUAUGUCAGGAAACCUAAAGCCAAGUGGUUUUUUCUUUCGGGCUCUGACCUUAGUAAUCGAAUUUUCCAGAAGGGUAGCACCUACCACAGCCGGAAGAAAGUGAGAAUUUAGGGUGUCAGGCAGACCCAAGUAGGGAAUAUAUAUAGGAGCUUUCGAAACCCAAAUUUCAAGACUGGAGUCCUCCUCAUGAAACAAGUCAAGGAAGCCAUAGUUUUGCGGAUUAGAAGAAGAGGCACAAAUGCUCCAGACAGUUUUGGAGGUAGCUAUGGCAGAUGGCAACCUAGUAAUUGACUUAAGCAUAGUAACUAAUAUUUUAUUUUGAUUUUUCUUUAUCAAAUACGUAAAAUGGUGGCCUAACCUCUUGAUGCAAUUUUCUCAAUCUCAUAAAAGGCGAAUUUGGCGAGAACCCAGUCGAAAUUCAGGUCAUGUGCUUAUGUACCGGUAGGUUUUGACUCAGUACCUGUUGUUGGAAAGAAGCAGCAUGGCAAUGCCAUUCGGGCCACAAAGGUGGACUUCGCCAUGAUGCCAGGGGUUGCAGCAUACUCCUAGGUAUUAAGCUUUUUCUGCAGCUGCUGAGGGAAGGUGCCAAACACCCAUCAGACUCCGGGCUCUUCCCAGAUCAAGCUACUUCUCUAAUGCACCCAAAGCAGUGCUUCAGAAAUCCAUAAUCCUCCCAGUCAACACUGGAGUCCUAUCAAGGAAAUGAGGAGUCGUGCCUCCUUUUGCUCACUCAUGCUACCCUGACGUUAGGCAGAUUUAGAGAAGAAGAAAAGUAGUAUACGAGCAUUCUCGCCGGCGAAUCAUCAGAUAAACACUUAUUGAUUCUUGACAAAUGUGCAACCAAUACAACUCUCGCCCAUCUGCAAGUUAAAAUAAGACGAACAUUCUUCUUUGCUAACUUUUAAAAGGCACACUGUAAGAAAAACCUGCAUAAAAUGCUAUUUUUCACCUUUAUUUACAACAGGAAAUCGGUUUAUUUAUUCUGGAAGCUGUGAAGGGAAUGUGUAUAUUUUUGAUUCUAUAACUGGAAAGACUGUCAGAAUUCUUGAAGAUACUGUUAGAGUCCUCCCACCCGAAAAAAAAUUGGUGAGAGACGUUUCAUGGCAUCCAUUUAUACCGCUUAUUUGUGCUACUUCUUUUAGGAGGAAAAUUCUUUCAUACAGUUUUCUUUAG